GAGAUAUGUGAGCAACUGAGAACCAGUCCUGGGCCUGGACAAGUAUGCUAUGAUGGCAAUAGCUAUCCAGCAGCAGCAGCACAACCCCAGUCGCCACAGAAGUCAAGUGCUAGCCGAUUGCUGAACUUUUUUCGUUGCAGCAAAUGAAGUAGCUUCAGGGGCUGCUGCGCAACUUCAUCACCCCCAAUCCUCCUGCCGAGCCUGCCUACAUGGGGCAGCGUCUUGCAGUGGAGUCUACCAGCGAGGAUCAGCUUGUUCAGAGACCAGCCACAGCCGACGUUGAUUCCCCGUGGAGUAGCUAUGGCAGCUCAAUCCGCAGCAUCUCCUUCCCCCAAGGAGUUGGCUGGUCAGCUUGGCUUCGCCGGUCUGGUGGCACAACCCCCGGCAGCUCCUUGCCGAGUUCGUGCACUGAUGGGUCCCGCCCAAGCUCCUCCGCCUCCUCUUGGGGCUCGGGCGCUGCAGGAUUCAAUGCUAUCAAGGCCAACGAGCUCAGGUCGAUUGCGCGUCGGAUGGUCCACGACGGGCAUCUGCAGGCGCUGUCAAGAGCAUUUGCGCGCAGCGGAAAUGGUGUUGUUCGGAGGUGGUUCACCGAGCUGGACGUGGAUUGGGUUCUGACGAUGACAGAAGACAUGCCAUGGUGGGCGGAACGGACGGUGGUCCAUGACCGUGCACGGAGGUGGAUCCGUGCGUUCACCACCAUGGCACACGCCUUCCUUGCUCUGAGUUCUGAUCUCACGCACGCGGUGGACGGGGCCAGUGUGCAGAAGCAGCUGUUAGGCGAAUUCGCCUCGGCCAGCAUCUCCAAGAUGAUGCUCUUUGUUGAGGCGGUAAUUGCUAACGUCGACUGGACGCCGGAGAACCUCCCGGCGGCGCUCGACGUGUACGCCUGCAUCUCAGACGCGACAGCAUCCUCUCAUGAUCAGGCAAGCUCCACAGCGCAGCAGAUCGUCCUGUCCAUGUACGGCGGCGCCGCUGAUCAUGCCGGCCUGGUCACUAGCAGGAGGCUGAGGCUGGCCGCCGCCCUGUCCAUGUACGGCGGCGCCGCUGAUCAUGCUGAUCAUGCCGGCCUGGUCACUAGCAGGAGGCGGAGGCUGGCCGCCGCCAUCCACCGGGCGAUAAGAAGCCUCUCGGUGGACUACUACGGUGAUGGUGGCUCCUGCAGAGCUCCACAGGGGAGCGAGGUCCACGCCGUGACGCGGUACACCAUGGAUUUUGUCCGGCUGCUCUGGAGGAACGCGGGUCUGGCCAGCUCCGUGCUGGAUGAUGACGGCGGUGGCAGCGUGGUGUCGGUGGCGAGCGACGUGAUGCGGCGCUGGGAGUUCUCCCUGGCGUCGGCAUCCAUGUUGCUCCCCGACGCCGCCCUCCGGUGCGUGUUCUUGCUCAACAACUACGACGCCAUGGCCGAGGCGUUCCCGGACUCCGGGCUCCAAGACGAGAUCGGCCGGUGCGUGGAACGUUACCUCGACGCGGCCUGGGCGCCCGCACUGUCCUGCUUGCACGGUGCCGCGGCGUGGCACUCGCCGCCGUCGGCCAAGCUGGCCGAUUUCGCGGCGCGGUUCCGGCGAACCUACGACGCUCAGAAGCUGUGGCGAGUCCCGAGCCCGGCCCUCAGGGGCAGGCUGCGGAGAGCGGUCGCGGGCUUGGUCGUCUCAGCUUACGCCAUGUACUUGGAGGAGCAUCCUCUCAGGGACGAGGACAGGGCGAGCAUCAUGGCACCUGAGGAAAUGGAAGAGAUACUGAAUGAGCUGUUUGAAGGCUGAGAAAUAAAAUUACGAUGGACACCUGGAAUGAAAGUUGUGCCUGUUUGCAUCGUCAUUAGUACAUACAUUGGAUUUAGACCUAUGGCUUCAUCGAUUCCUCAAGAAUGCGUUGUGUCCGUACAAUUUGCAGGUCCGAUGCAGCACGCGCGCUGGAAGUGUGCGUGCGUGCUGUUUUGAGUGAGUUCGUUUAUAUAUUGCACAUGUAUCUAGAUCAAGAGGCUUAAAAUGUGAAAAAGUAUGUGUUCAAACUUACUGUCCCUAGAAUCACUGACUGGGAUACGGAUAACUUGACCAGGUGCAUUGCAUAAACUUUUUUU